CCUACAUGUUCCAAACCAGGCUUACAAAGUCACAAGAAACGACCGUCCACUAAUGUGGUUGUGUCAUCCGUCAUGCACCAGGCAUUACGUUUCAGAGUCUUUAUUUUCUUUUUCCUUUUAUAUUGUCGUUUCCUAAAUGCUUCCAAAAACCCGUAUACGAAUCUCUUUUUAAAGCUCAUAAAUUACUGUAAUACGCUCCUAAUUACAAUUACUCAUAUACAUUCCGCUUCUGCUGACGAUAAUGACAGUAGUUAAUUCAACCUUAAUUACUAUUAUGCACAUUCAUUUCCCCUUUUCCCCUUCUCGGAAAAUUUCCCCUUCCCUCUCGCGUUUCCUGAAUUUUCCAAAAUAUCAAGAGCUCCGGUCUGUCUCAUGGCCGUCCGAGUCCAUAUCAUUUCUCUCUCUAUAACUUCCUUUUCAACAUCUAUAUCUUCUAAAUAGAGAAGUAUCCAUAUUUAUAUAGACGCAGAAAUACUUGUGCUUAUUCAUUUUUUCUAUCAGAACCCAGGUAGAGACGUAUGUUUCUUCCAAGAAUGAAUAUUUAUGGAGAAAAAAUGAGAGAGGAAAUACUUGGUAUGGAGAAAAUAGAGGAGCCAGGCAGCCCUAGUUGGGGAGCGUCGUUAUUCCAGACAACUGAAGAUGUUGCAAAAGCAGUUGCUGCAGCUGCAGCUUCUGUGCGGUCCCCACGCCCUUCGGUGGUAUAUUCCUCCAAAGAUGACAGUGGUAGCCCAAUGAAGAAACUUCAAAACCAAGUUUCUAAACUGAUUAAAGGCUUAUCAAGUCCUCCCAUAGCGAAAAGCGGGCUUUACAACCCAGAAACACUUACAAGCCAAAAACGCCAAUGGGCCAGCUUACAGUUGCAAUCUCUUGAUCACAGAGUAUGGAAAGAACCAUCCAGGCUUUUUGAGAGCAUGGUAGUGGUUGGGCUUCAUCCUAGUUGUGAUAUUCAGGCACUUCAAAGCCUUUACUUUUCAAGGAAAUCUGAAGGAUCCGGAAGAUUUAGAGGUUCUAUUGGUGGUCAGAACCAUUCACGGGUGGAACCCAACCUUGAACCUCAGGUCUUGUUCGUAUACCCGCCAGAAAAGCAACUUCCUCUGAAAUAUAAGGAUCUUCUUUCAUUCUGCUUCCCAGCUGGAGUAGAGGUUCAUGGGGUUGAAAAAACACCGUCAAUGAGCGAGUUAAAUGAAAUGCUUUUAGGACAGGAGCACCUCAAACAAAGCGACCAGUCAUUCGUGUUUAGGCUUCAGGUUGCGGACAAUUCAACCCUUUAUGGUUGCUGCGUAUUAGUUGAUGAAAUAGUACAAAAACCUUCUAGCUUGAUUUCUAUGAUGUCAGAAGUACAGCCUGUUCAGAUUGGCCUGAGUCGCCACAUUUUAACCACACGCCGUUGUUAUUGUAUUCUUUCCAGGCUCCCAUAUUUUGAACUCCAUUUUGGUGUACUGAAUAGCAUCUUCAUCGAGGAGAGGUUGGAGCGAUUAACAAAACAAAUUGGCGACCUUGAUAUAAAUUCCUCUGCAAUUUUCACUGAUAAAGACGUGUGUGGAGAAAAUUCUCCCUGCAUUUCAUCUGAAGAUAAGGAACACACUCAGCUGGAUGGAACUGCUACUGUUGACAAUUGUCGAUCAAGCAGAAGUGUGUCUGUUGCAGUGGUAACAGAAUCAGUUACAGCGGUAACAGAAUCAGUUACAACAGUAACAGAAUCUUGUCCUGUUGAUGAAACUAAGAGGGAAGCUUGCCCUCCUUCAAAUGAGGCUAGUAAUGGUGACAUAGAGAGACACUAUGAAACUAAGAAUAGUUUCUCCUCUUUGAAGGAAAUUAGCAGUGAUGGGGACACAGAGAAGGACCGUGAUCAUAAAGAAGAAAUAAAUGGAUCACAAAGAAUUGAUACUGAAGAUAACAGAAAUUUGGUUGAGAGGAAUAUGCCAAAUGCUAUCUUGCCUCUUUUGCGAUAUCAUCAAUACGAGAGCUCAGAUUCUUCAUAUAGUUUUCAGGGGUCUCCAAGUGAGGAUAGGCAUAUCAGGAGUGACAUUGAUGAAGCAGAUACAGAAGUAUCUUUUUCAGGACAAGAUGAAUCCAGUCAAAAUAGUGAUAUUCUGGAAUGGGCUAAGUUGCAGGACUGUCACCAUGGUUCUUUGCAAAUAAUAUGCGAAUACUACAAGCUUGACCUACCUGCACGUGGUUCGGCAAUUAAGUUCCAUCCUCUUGAACACUUGCAUCCUUUGGAAUACUAUAGGCCUGACGAAACAGUUUUACAUAUUGCCGGAUCAACAUUUGACUUAAAGUCAUGCAGUACUAGUUUGGAGCUUGCAGAGGCCCAUAAUGCCCUUAUGGUGGAAGAGGAGGCAACUGCUUUAUCAGUGUGGGCUAUUGCAUGUUUAUGUGGUUCCUUGCGACUGGAAUACGUCUUGACACUGUUUGCAGGAGCUCUUUUGGAAAAGCAAAUCGUUAUAGUUUGUUCGAACUUAGGUGUGUUAUCCGCUUGUGUUAUGUCCAUUAUUCCACUUAUACGUCCUUACCAGUGGGAGAGCUGGUUAAUGCCGGUUUUGCCAAAUGACAUGCUCGAUUUUUUGGAUGCACCUGUUCCCUAUAUCGUAGGUGUGAAGAACAAAGGCUCUGAAGUGCAGUCAAAGUUAACAAAUGCCAUUGUUGUUGAUGCUAACAAGAACCAGGUGAAGUCGCAUUCGAUACCACAACUACCCCAGCAUAAGGAAUUAUACUCACGCUUAAGUCCAUACCAUGCAAAGCUUGUGGGAGAGAGUUAUUUGGGAAAGAAGCGGCCGGUUUAUGACUGCACAGAGGUCCAGGUUGAUGCUGCAAAGGGUUUCCUAAGAGUGUUGAGGUCAUACCUGGAUUCGCUUUGCUCUAAUCUCAGAUGUCACACCAUCACUAAUGUUCAAUCAAAUAAUGACAAGGUAUCUUUGCUAUUGAAGGAAAGUUUCAUUGAAUCUUUCCCCUACCGAGAUCGACCUUUUAUGAAGCUUUUCGUGGACACACAGCUCUUCUCUGUACAUACCGAUUUCGUGCUUUCUUUCUUCCAGAAGGAUUAGAGUGAGUGAUCGAUGAAGGGUGGGUUUGGUUUUACAAACGCCACUACGACAUGUGUACUAUGGAGCACAAGCUCUAUAGGAAUCUGUAAUAUAUUAAUUUUAUAGUUUUGUUUUUGUUUUUUUGAACUUUAUUCCAUAGAUGACAUUCCUCUCCUGAAUAAAGAGCAUUUGUAUAGAGCUGCAAAGUAUUCCUCUCAUAUCUUGGAUGACGGAUUGUUAUUGCAGCAAGUGCUAUAUAAGCAAUCUCCCCAUCAAUUUAGACAUGUGUGACAACCAUCCUCUAGUGUUUCAAUCCAACAAGUCUGUUGCCUCUACGGAGCUUGCUGAGUUGCCGCGGCCAUCCUCUGACAAAGGCACAAAGCUAUCUGCCAAGUUACUGUAACCUCCAUCGAGAAUGCCACAUGAUAUGCGAGAAUGUCACUUGAAAUGGUAAUGACAAAAUACUAACAAUUUCAUAAAGAAACAUGACAUUCUCAAUAUGUGAGAAUGUCACUUGAUAUGUGAGAAUCCUACUUGAAAUGCAUAAUGACACAAUAUUGACAAUUACAUAUAGAAACAUGACAUUCUUAGUAUGACAUUUUCAAAUAUUGUAAUGACAUAAAAGUGACAUUUUUUCAAAUAACCAAUAAUUCUCAGAUUCUCUGAUUCAAAUUUCAAAAAGUGACAUUUUUUGAGUCAUUGGUCAGGGCAUUUUGAUAUAUCCGAUUACUUGUUCUUUGUAGAAAUCUAGCUUUUCAUUUGAAACUUUAAAAUUCAAAUUUAAAUUUUCAUUUAGAAUUUGAUUGAUAUAAGAUUAACAAAAAAACAAAAAGCAGAGAACCAGAACAGAGCUAGAAGAGGAGGAAAAGGAAAAGAGGGUUAUCUGGCUUCCCUGGAGGAAUUGAGUGGCUAGUAACCAGUCGGAAGAUCAUAGCUCAAUCCACAAAUAUUUUUGGGCCAGAGAAAUUGAGCAGCUAGUAACUGUCAUGUGAACUUGUCAUGAGGUCAAAGGGAAGAAUAUCGCAAUCGCAACUCCCAAAUCGGGAAGAUGCCGAUCGUAGAUCUAGUUUCAAUAUGCUUGUCUAAGGCGGUGAUUUUUGGUGAAUAGGGGGGGGGGGGCAAAAUCGUAAUCUGGAGUCCUAUUUAAGGAAUAAUAAAAUUAUACUCCUAUUUAUGAAUUUUGCCAAUGUUUUAGUUCCAUUUUGGGCAUUUCUUAUUAAUCUAAUGAAUGACAUUCUAAAUAUCCUUUUAAUAGUUGAUUCUCCAUAAUUUGACUUAACUAAUAAUUUGAGUGCAACACAAGUAACCUUAACACCUUUAAGGAUGUUUUCUUUUGGACUGUUUUCAGUCUCAGAUCAGACCAG